ACCGGAAAAGUGCGCGUAAGCGCGCUGGCGAUCAAAUCAAAAAAAGGAUUUAUCUCAGAAAGAUAAGAAAUUUUGUAUGAACUCGUGAACAUGGACACACGCGGAAACAGCGUUAUGGAUCAUGAAACAUAGCCUUUCUCACUCCUUUGUACUUUGGAACGACAGAAAUUAUGAAUCGCGGCAAUGUCGUUACAUCUAAUCUCGUACGACUUUUUACGAGCCUUUGUCGCUACGGCGACAAUAUCGGCGAUAGUAUUGCGUGCCGACGAUUGUAUUAUCGUCUUCGAGGGCGUCAAUUUCAUCUGCCGCUGACGCGUUGCCGCGGUGAGUAUCCUAACCAGUGGACCAAUUACAAUCUUGCUUCGACUGCACUCUCCUGCAAACCUCGUGCGCAGAUCCGCGAACUGCAAACAAUGUGGCCUACCUAUAAAGAAAAGGAAGGAGAGCAAAAGAACGGUUUUCUCGUAGACGCGCAAGAGAUGAUACUCAUAUUAGCGAGGAUUGCAAUUGUAAGCACGGUUAUCACCAUCCUGCUUGUCGCGUACUUGAUUACACGCUUGACCUGUGCGAAUUUCUUUCCCACCAUCCUACGAAAAGGUAUCGAAUUCCUCGGGCCGAUUUUCAUCAAGUUCGGCCAAUGGAUCUCCACGCGAUGGGAUGUCUUUCCGCGGGAUGUUUGCAACACGCUUUCGCAACUGCAACGAAACGCGACAUCGCAUUCAUGGCUGUAUACGGAGCGCCUACUCGAAGCAACAUAUGGUCCUUCCUGGCGGAAUUUAUUCGUGAGGUUUGACGACAAGGAACCAAUCGGUUCAGGAUGCUGUGCGCAGGUGUAUAAAGCGUGGAUCGAUCAAAAUGCAACAUGGGAGCCUCAGAUGUCGCAUUUCAUGGAUAAUAAAGCUCUCAAUGGAAGCGACAAAUUAGCAUCUGCCAGUCCGCGUACCAGAAAUUUGCAAACCAUAGCGGUAAAAGUGUUGCAUCCUGGAAUCGAAAGUCAACUCAAAAGGGACAUUGCAAUAAUGCGUGGUUUGUGCAAGUGCGUCACGUACUUCAUUCCGAAAUUGUAUUGGCUUAAUCUCACAGAUUGCAUCGACGAAUUCGCACGCAUAAUGGAAAAUCAAGUUGAUAUGCGUCUGGAAGCUUCCAAUCUCGUGAGAUUUUCGGCGAAUUUCUCGAAGAGAAAUGACAUCAUAUUCCCGUAUCCUUACACACAUCUGACUCGUCGCAGGAUACUCGUUGAGAGUUUCCACGAAGGUGCACCGAUAUCAGAUUAUCUGAAAUACAACGAUGCUAUUUUACAGCGGAGACUCGCCAGGAUAGGAAUCGCGAUGGUCCUUCAAAUGAUAUUUAAGGAUAACUUCAUCCAUUGUGACUUGCACCCAGGCAAUAUUCUAGUCGAGAAAACAGUCGUCCCGAAGGCGAGUCUGUUCAACACUUUUUGGCGGGUCAUUAUCCCCGAUUAUACGGAGCACGACUCACGCCUGAUCAUAUUGGACUGCGGCCUUGUAGUAUCUCUGAAUGAACGCUGCCGACAAAAUCUUCGAGAUGUUUUUUAUUUGGUACUAACGAAAAACAGCGAAAUGGCGGCGCAGUAUAUUCUGGAGCACAGUUCGCACAUGACCCCCGACUCAGAUGGCUUCAAAUGUUCAAUUAAAAAUAUUGUCAAGUCUCAUUUUAGCAAUCCAUUUAAUGUAAGCGUAAGUACCGUUGUGUCGCAAUUAUUCUCCGCGAUGAUUCAUCACCGAGUCAAGCAAGACGGAUCCUUCAGCAGCGUAAUUCUUAGUAUGCUGGUGAUCGAGAACCUCGGUCGGUGCCUGGAUCCUAAAAUCGAUAUUUUCACGGAGAUGCUGCCCUAUGUCCUUAGAAGCGUUAUAUAACAAGUGAAGAUGAAACU